CGCGCUCCGCCGUUUGCCCCGAGCGCGGCGGUGCCCGCACGGAGUGCGUGUGUCAGCCCCGCACCUCCCCGCAGCCCCGGGACGCGGCCAUGAGGGAGCCGAGCAACGGCCGCAGCGCCUGAGGGGGCCGUUAGCGGCCGGGCCCUGCCCUGCGGAGCGGGGGAGUGGCGCCGGGUAUGCGGGCGGUGGUAGCGGGCCGGGAGGUGGGAUGCUGUCGCGGAAGAAGACGCGAACGGAGCUUUCCAAACCGGGCGAGGUGCAGGGCAAAUACGUAAAGAAGGAGACCAGCCCUCUGCUUCGCAACCUGAUGCCUUCAUUUAUCCGUCACGGUCCAACCAUUCCAAGACGAACUGAUAUCUGUCCUCCUGACUCAACUUCUUCUGGCUAUGCUUCUGGUGGAGAUGGAGUUGUUUCCAGAAACCAGAGUUUCCUUCGCGCUCCGGUGCAGAGGCCACCUCAUGAAAUAAUGAGGCGUGAAAGCAACAGACUGUCUGCUCCUUCCUAUCUUGCAAGAAGUUUAGCUGAUGUCCCUAGGGAAUAUGGCUCUUCCUCCCAGUCCUUUUUAACAGAAGCCAAUUCUGCUUUGGAAAAUGGAGAUGCUGGUGCCCGUUGUUACUAUUAUGAUCAUUUUUAUGAUGCCCAGAGGAGACGUCAGUUAAAUGAUCGUGUCCAUGAGGACUACAGGUAUUAUGAGCACAACGAUCUUUUCCAGAGGAUGUCACAGAAUCAUGGGAGGCACACUUCAGGCAUUGGUAGAGUCGCUGCUACAUCUUUAGGAAACCUAACAAAUCAUAGUUCUGAAGAUUUACCUCUUCCUCCUGGCUGGUCAGUGGAUUGGACUAUAAGAGGAAGGAAAUACUAUAUAGAUCAUAACACUAACACGACUCACUGGAGCCAUCCACUCGAGCGAGAGGGACUGCCUCCAGGAUGGGAGAGGGUUGAGUCAGCAGAGUUUGGAGUCUAUUACGUCGAUCACAUCAAUAAAAGAGCUCAGUAUAAACACCCUUGUGCUCCCAGUGUUCCCCGUUAUGACCAGCCUCCUCCUGUGACUUACCAGCCACAGCAAGCUGAAAGAAGCCAACCUCUACUGGUCCCUGCAAAUCCCUACCACACUGCUGAGAUCCCAGACUGGCUGCAGGUCUAUGCCAGGGCUCCUGUCAAAUACGAUCACAUUCUAAAGUGGGAGCUCUUCCAGCUGGCUGACCUGGACACCUACCAGGGGAUGCUGAAGCUGCUCUUCAUGAAGGAACUGGAACGCAUCGUGAAGCUGUACGAGGCGUACCGGCAGGCCCUGCUCACCGAGCUGGAGCACCGCAAGCAGCGGCAGCAGUGGUACGCCCAGCAGCAUGGCAAGAAUUUCUAAGCUCACAACUCCUCCUUUUUUGGUCGUUUGGGUUUUUUUUUUUUUCAAUAGACUUUUCUGAGGACACUUCAGAGCUUUAAAAAGGUUUUGUUGGGGGUUUUUUCCACACUUAAACCCUAUGAAAAACCUGCUUUUUUUUUUGUGGAGAAGGCAGCUUAUUUUUGUUGAUGUUGCACCUUUGUUAUUACCCUCUUUGAAUAUUUUUCUACCCGUUCAAGGUGUUGUUUAUAUAUAAAGAUGAGAAAUGUUUGUUAAUCUUUUUUUUCCAUACCAGAGCUAGUUUGUUAUUCCCAGAAAACCAGCCCAGAGGUUCCAUCAGAACCUUGCUACUGGUUUUCUUUUUUCUAGCUGUGUUAUUAAGAAGCUGACUUAUUUUUUAAAGGGCAAUAGAUGCAAGUUAGGGAGAAACCUCUGGAAUUUGAAACAUUGUUCACAUCCAAAUCAAUAUUUCCCUGUUAUUUCCCUUGGGAUUUUUGUAUCCCUCAGGACAGAGAGGUCUGCUCUUUGUUUACAGCUUUAAUGUACAGAACGUUCAACACUGUUCCUUUCAGCAACCAGCCAGAAGCAGAUUUCAUCAAUCUGAACCAAGUGCUUCACAAAAACGAGCUCCAAGUUGCCUUAUUUUUUACUCUUGACAUGUUACUACUUGAGAUUUACUACUGGUUUUCAACAGCAAUUCCUCAGAGGGGAACUAACUUCUUAAAGACCAAGAUCUCUUAAAGACCAAGAGUUCUAAGCAAGCUUCCCACAGGUUUUUUUGAUGAUGGGAAGGGAACAUCUGUCCAACAGUGUUGUCCAACUGGGGGUACCUCACCAUGGCCAACAAGGAAGGGCUCUUAAUAAUAAUUGCUGGUUUUCAAAUAAAGCUUUCUUACAUGGGGAACAGUUUCAAUUGUAGUUAUCCUCUCCAAAUGGUUCAUUGAUUACCCCAAGCUGUUAUUUAUGGUUUCUUCUUAGUGCAAUAAGCAUUGUUAAAGAAAAAAACAAAGACAUUUCUUGUAAACCCUCUUAAUCCAAUAAAAUCGUUUUGUUUAAUGAACAAA